CCCCCCCACAACCCUGCGUUGGUACGGUCCGCUGUGACCAGCAGAAACAACAUGGCGGUGUUGGGGAGGAAGCUGCAGAGCCUACACGUGUAUAUGUCUAAGCUGCAGAGGUUUGGAGGAAGGACACCUGUCCAGGUGUCCCGGGUCCACGGGUCGGCGGGUCUGCAGGACUUCUUCCCCCCGUUGGAGGGUCCGAUGCUGCCGGCCGGAACCUUCCAGGGCCGCGUGGCCUUCAUCACGGGGGGGGGGACGGGUCUGGGCCGGGCCAUGACCACAACCCUGUCCCAGCUGGGGGCCCGCUGCGUCAUCGCCAGCAGGAAGCUGGACGUCCUCCAGAAAACAGCCGACGAGAUCAGCAGCAGGACCGGAAACCAGGUCCACCCGGUCCAGUGUGACGUCAGAGACCCGGAGGCCGUUUCUCGGUGUGUGGAUCAGAUGGAGGUUCUGACUGGACUCCCCGAUGUCAUCGUCAACAACGCGGCGGGGAACUUCAUCAGCCCAUCAGAACGUCUGACACCCAACGGCUGGAGAACCAUCACCGACAUCGUCCUGAACGGAACCGCCUUUGUCACGCUGGAGCUGGGGAAGAGGCUGAUCCGGGACCAGAGAGGGGCCUCUUUCCUGGCCAUCACCACCACCUACGCUGAGACCGGUUCCGGGUUCGUGGUUCCCAGUGCAGCAGCCAAGGCCGGCGUGGAGGCGCUGUACAAGUCCCUGGCGGCAGAGUGGGGUCGCUAUGGUCACCGGUUCAACAUCAUCCAGCCUGGACCAAUCAAGACCAAGGGGGCCUUCAGCCGUCUGGACCCCACCGGGGCCUUUGAAAAGGCCACGAUCCAGCGGAUCCCGACGGGCCGGCUGGGGAAACCUGCAGAGCUAGCUAACCUAGCGGCCUACCUGAGCAGCGGCUACGCUAGCUGGAUCUCCGGAGCCGUGAUCCGGUUUGACGGAGGGGAGCUGGUGUCGAUGGCAGGAGAGUUUAACGAGCUGCGGAAGGUGACUCCGGACCAGUGGGACCUGAUGGAGGCCAUGAUCCGGGGGACCAAGGGGUCCUGAUCUGGGUCCUGAUCCUGAUCCGGGGACCAGGGGUCCAGAACCAGCGAUGCACCAUGUGACCACUACCAAGACUGCUGUGCCUUAUGACUAGAAUAUGAGUUAGAUUUGAGAUGUUGAUGAAUGUUGAUGGGUCAGCUGACCUGGGGGGGGGGGGUCAGCUGACCCUCUGAACUACAGAGUAUGUUGAUUUUCAGAUGCAAACUAAUGUUUCCUCAAAGGGAUUUUAUACAUUGAAAUGUUAAGUAAAGUGUAAAAACAGAAAA